CAACCAACUCUUGACGGACAAAGACCAACAUCUGAACACUCUCAGAGAGGAGGUCACUGCCCAAGCUAAUUUGAUUCAAAAAACAAAAGGGGAAGCUGAAGCCAAAGAGAAAAUGCUGACCGAUAUAAAGGCGGAGUGUUCCAACCAGACAGAUAACCUUCAACAUGAGAUACAGGUUCUGAAAGAGAACGUUGAAACCACAUCUCAGGGUCUUCUUGAUAAAGAGCAGAUGUUACUUGAAGCUCAGAAGGAGUCUUCUGAGCAGACGGGGCUCCUUCAGCAGCAGCUGGCGUCAGUAAAUGCAGAGCUGGACCAAUACAAAGAGACACAAGCUGUAGAAAUCCGAGUGAAAGAGACUGAACAGGCUGCCACUUUCAGAGAAAAGGAGGCUCUGGUUCAGGAAAAAGAAGUACUCGUGGCCAGGAUACUGCAGACGGAGAACAAUCAGAAAGCUCUGGAGAAACAACAUGAAGCUGUGGUGUUUGAGAAGGAUAGACUCGCUCAAGCCACGCAGGCCAUGGAGAGAGACGACAAGGAAGAUGAGAUUCAAAAAUUAAAAGAAUCUCAGAGUGAGAAAGAGAGCCAUAUCCUCAAGGCUGAGGAGAAGCUUCAGAUCCUCCAGACAGAGUUGUGUGCAUUCAACCAACUCUUGACGGACAAAGACCAACAUCUGAACACUCUUAGAGAGGAGGUCACUGCCCAAGCUAAUUUGAUUCAAAAAACAAGAGAGGAAGCUGAAGCCAAAGAGAAAAUGCUGACCGAUAUAAAGGAGGCGUGUUCCAACCAGACAGAUAACCUUCAACAUGAGAUACAGGUUCUGAAAGAGAACGUUGAAACCACAUCUCAGGGUCUUCUUGAUAAAGAGCAGAUGUUACUUGAAGCUCAGCAGGAGUCUUCUGAGCAGACGGGGCUCGUUCAGCAGCAGCUGGACCAAUACAAAGAGACACAAGCUGUAGAAAUCCGAGUGAAAGAGACUGAACAGGCUGCCACUUUCAGAGAAAAGGAGGCUCUGGUUCAGGAAAAAGAAGUACUCAUGGCCAGGAUACUGCAGACGGAGAACAAUCAGAAAGCUCUGGAGAAACAACAUGAAGCUGUGGUGUUUGAGAAGGAUAGACUCGCUCAAGCCACGCAGGCCAUGGAGAGAGACAACAAGGCCUCUCAUAAACUGGAAUCUUUGCUACAGCAUGAGAUGGAGAUAUUGAAAAAGGAGAAGGAGAUACUCUUGAAAGAGAAAGAAAAAGCAGACGAAACCCAAACACUAAAGAAAGACCUACAAGAACAGCUGUCGGCUAAAUCUGAGGCUGCAGAACACUACAAAGCACAGAUGGAGAAGGCCAUGAGCCAUUACAAUGGCAAAAAGCAGCUUCUCCAGGAAAGCCAAGAGGAGGCGAUUAAACUCAAGCAAUCCUUGGAGGUGAAAGAGUGUGAAGUAAAUGAUACUACCAUGGAAAACCAUCUGCUUCAACUUGAUUUGGAUAAGGCCCACACCAACGAGAAAGCACUUUUGAACAAGGUGGCCAGUUUAGAGGCACAGCUGGCGUUUGCUGACCGUAACCUGCGUGCACAGAACAAGUUUCAUGGUAAUGAAGGAAGCUCGCUGACGUCCCUUAACAUGGAGGUUCCCAAUGCACACUCAAGUGUAAACACUAAAGCAAAGGAGAAGAAAGCCAUAAGCUCUGACAGCCUGGACUACAGCUCCAUGGAAGACUCUCUAAACAACACAAGGUAA